AUGAUCGGCGGCAAUCGAAGGUCUGACUAUGGAAACCCGGAUAGCCCGUCGCACAGCCUUUCACAAGUCAAGGUCGACAUUUUCCCGAUGCCGCGAGGAAACAGCGAAGAUGCUGCUCCGGUUCGCAAGGAAUCUCCCGUCGUCCUCAACCAUCCGCCCGAAAACCAUCCAUUCCAAAUGCCAACCGUGCGCCGCGGAUUG